CAACAAUCAAGCACGAUGAAAAUCUACUAAUAAUUAUGGCAAAAUGAGAGGCCCAAGGGAUCUCGAUUCUUGGUGCCGACAUACCUUGAAAAUUUCGAAUUCACUGCCAUCCGCAAAAAGAUAUGUUUCUUCCCGCCAAUACGAACCGUACAUCCUUCCCCGCCUUGUGAUCGACCUCGAUGCCUACGACAGCAGAUACGUGCGCAAAGUGGAGGAUUUGGAGCCACAUAUACCCGACAAAAACUCAAGCAAACACGGCGUACUGGAACGCGAUUUUCAUAAGAAUAAAAAAUCUUGGAGGCGUAUCCAGAUAAUACCGGGGGAUAAUGAGGGCCCCUUCAAUACUCGAACGACCACAUCUCCUGAUAUUCUUCGCUAUGCUCUUCAAGGAGAUCCAUUUACACCUGGAUCAUUCCAAAAGCUUUCUGCUCUCCGUGGAGUAUUUGAAGAGAGGCAAAUACAUCCAUUGGACAGUUCAGAGACCAAGAUUCAACAGUUAGUAUCCGGCUUCACGGCAAACGAUGCGUCGGAUCUCUAUUCUGCGGGAUUUGGUCGAUUGGAUGAGGAAUCUAUCAAGCUUCAGAUACAGAGUUGUACCUCAUUCAACAAUCUUCGCCGAAUUAUUUCGAUGCUCUCUUCCACCAUCGAUGGUUGCAGGUUCCUGGUGACAAAUGGGGCGACAGUUGUGGAAGGGAUCAAAUCAUGUCGUAAAGCUCAGGGGCGCCCACAAAAGCUUGAAGAGUCAGACCCAAGACCCACCAUUCAGGACGUUAUAAAGCUCCUGAACAACCUUCGUCUUAAUACGGAGGCCAAAGGGUUAGAGAUUGGUCCAGAUAUCUGCAAUGCUGGGCUAUACUAUUCAGCCAAGGGAUUUCAGUUACAGUCGACAAAAACGUAUCUUGAGACCAUGGUGAAAAGACUCUAUGCCACCAAUUGGCAUACACACUGGGCUCUAACAUAUCUGACACUGAACAUGUCUCGGCCGAGAUCUUUUCAUACUGGGCGGAAUAAGCUCGCUUUCGAUAUCGACCGUAGGCAGGCAGUUUUGAACCUUGUUACAGGCUGGGAAUGUGACGGAAUACCCCGCCCCGGCGAACAAAGAAAACCAAGUUUUGCCUCUCUGCUAGCGCAGGAUUACAACGACAAUAUCAGCCUCAAUAUUUAUCCAGCUUAUGUCAUUGGAUUGGGCCAGAUGGGCGAAAGCAAAGCGUUGUGGAAUGAGUAUAAGUCGUUGGAUGAUACACUUCUUCCAAAGGCUCUAUCUGGCGAACAAAACUCAACAAGCAGAGCAUGCCUUUUUGCAAUGGGCUUCAUUCUUGCCAAUAAUCCCGAACACGCAGGUGUGGUCCUGAGGUCUGAUUUUAUUCAAGCCGGCCAAGGCAGAGAGACUCAUGUGAUGAGGCAUGUACUAUCAAAUUAUUAUCGCUCCCAUGGUCUUCAGGUUGGAGCCAAUCUUGAGCUUGAAAUUAAAAGCUUCCUUGGCCGCGAUUGGCAACACGCUUUGGACCUCAUCAAAAGAUUAGCUCUGUAUAAACGCAAGAAUGCGACUCUAUCGAAGCUUGCGUUGAGAACCGUCGACUGGGUCAAACACACUGAUGGAACAGGACGUGCUGUGAUGAAGAAAGAGCUUCCAAUUGUCCGCAGAGUAUGGGAUGAUGGGUCACUACAUCCUUUUUCGGAGUCUUCGAUUCUGGAGGAACGAAUUUUCGUUUCCUUCUAAUUCGUGUAUCGGUUUUGUCAUGGAGGAGGAUAUACCAAAGCGGCUUUCUUUUCUCUGAAAGGCUUAACAAAAGCCUCCCACCUGCAAGUGGAUUGAGCGGAAUAGAUAAGCUAUAGCAAAUCUCUUGUGGUUCUAUCAAUUCACAUGAGUCAUGGCCGCAUCUCAUUGUUUAAUAUUAACAACAGUACGUUCGGACUUAGACCACCAGCGAGAAUUGCAACUCAAAAAAGCUUCC